CAAGCAGGAAGCACCUAGCAGCUGAGCAGAGCAGCCAGCCAUCCCAGCCAACAUGAGCAGCACCAACGAGGCCACCGUCAUCCACAUGGACGACACCACCGGCAAGGCCCCGGCUACGGCCGCGCCACCGCCAGCAGCCGCACCCGCGCCGGUGCAGCAGCAGCGCAAGUCCGGCGGCGGCGUGCCGUUCAUCCUGCGCAGCGGCGCCGAGGGCUUCCGUCGCUGCAUGGCCUUCGUGGACCUGCUGCUCAGGGUGGCGGCCUUCGGGCCCACGCUCGCGGCCGCCAUCUCCACGGGCACCUCCGACGAGACGCUCUCCGUCUUCACCGAGUUCUUCCAGUUCCGUGCCAGGUUCGACGACUUCCCGGCCUUCACCUUCUUCAUGGUCGCCAACGCCGUCGCCGCGGGGUACCUGGUGCUGUCGCUCCCCUUCUCCAUCGUCGGCAUCAUCCGGCCCAAGGCGACCGGCAUCAGGCUGCUGCUGCUCGUCUGCGACACGGUCAUGGUGGUGCUGGUGACGGCCGCUGCGUCUGCGGCGGCGGCCAUCGUGUACGUGGCGCACGAGGGGAGCCGGCGCGCCAACUGGGCGCCCAUCUGCAUGCAGUUCCACGGCUUCUGCCAGCGCACCAGCGGCGCCGUCGUCGCCUCCUUCCUCGCCGUCCUCGUCUUCAUCGUCCUCGUCCUCCUCUCCGCCUGCGCGAUCCGCAGACAACGCUAGG